CAAUAUUAAUGAAUCAUUUUUACAGCUAUCAGACCCGUUCUAUUCAGCCCAGAUGUCAACAGAAGGUUUGUUAGCUGAUACCUUCAAGCAGGUUCAAGCCAUAAACUUGGACUAUCCGAACACGAACUAUGACAGGGGUCAUCUGAACCCGAGUUUCUACCAGUGUGAUGAAAGACGUACCGCAACAUUUACACUCACUAACGCUGUUCCGCAGGAUCCCUGUUUCAAUCAACAAAUAUGGAAACAAAUGGAAGAUGUGUCUAAAGAUAUAAUGUCGGAAAAAUGUAAUUUUCCUGGUGCAAGAAGAUUUUUUGUUACUGGUGCUGUACCAUCAAACAAUAAAAUCCCAGCAUACCAACAAGAUGAACAAGAAGAUAAGUCGAGAGAUAUAAACAGGGUGAGUAUACCAUCUAUCAUGUGGACCGCGGCUUGUUGUGACUCUACAAAUUCAGUAUAUGACGACGACAGGGAUAAAGGAUUCUCGUUUGGAUAUUACGGCGAUAAUGUACCUGACUCGUACGUGAUUCCGUACUUAGUAACACAGUUAGAAGAAGAACUAGCAAAUCAAUACGGUGUUUCUAAAAUAAACAUUUUCGAUGAUUCAUGUUUCUCAUCUUCAGAAAACUCUGAAGAUGCUGUACAAAAGUUAAAUGUUCCAGUAGAACGUAGAAUUAUGAAAACCAUUGCUGAUAUGAGCGAAUCAAGUAAGUUUUUAAAUGACCCAGAUAAAAAAUCAUUUCUAGACAAUUUUAAUUCCGAAUCACAAUUUAAUAACAACUUUAAUAAUCAGAACUGGGGGUUACAUGACGUAGAUGUUGGGCUGAGAGAUACACGUGACAAUGUUCAGUAUACACGUGCUAGACUAGCGCCCUAUGGAAUGGUCCCGCUGUUAAUGUAUCCCAAUAGUCAUGCCGUUAGCAAACGGUCAGUAGAUGGAUCUGUUACUCAUAACGAAGACGAAUACAUCAUUGUUCCAUCAAGAGAAUCAUCUCUCAGCGCCGGAGGGUCCCGAUGCAGGGAUGAUCAUCCGUGUGGUUACCACAAAGAGUCAUACCAAUGGUGCUAUACAGACUGGAGCAACAACUGGGACUACUGUUGUAUAGAUGACUGUGGCCUUAGAGACAGUACAUCAUACUCGUGGUGCUACACAAGCAAUUCGAAACACUGGUCAUACUGCUCACAAAGAAGUUCAAUGAUUGGGGUAGAAGGAAAACGCUGCAGGGCUGAUCAUGAAUGUGGACUGCAUGGCAAAUUUUACCAUUGGUGUUACACAGACACGGUCGACAACUGGCAGUAUUGCUGUCAACCUUGGCAUACUUGUGAUAAGCAUAAUAGAAGUUAUAAGUGGUGCUACGUCGGUUUCGAGAAGGAAACUGAAGAGAAAUUUUGCAAUUAUUGAACGAAUAACAAUAAAGCAUGUAAUUCUGUACAUUCUAUGAUUUAUUACAACGCAAUAAGAAAGACGAAAAUAGUUUUGAUGAUAAAUUCAAGGUUGUUCUUUUGUCAAUGGCUGCUGAAAACUUGUAUAAAUCAGAAAUAGAUUUUGGUUAAUUUAUGUUGCAUGUAUGUCCCGACAUCGUCUAUAUAAUGUUAUAGUAUAGCUUUACGCAAUUAUAAAAUCUGACACUUCAAUAAGUUAUUUUUGGGAAAUGUAUAUCACGUUUUUUAAAGCAAAAUAUAUAUAUAUAUCCAAAUUGUGGUAUUGAGUCUCACUACAUUAAAUUAACGUCACCGGCGUGAUUGAGCGCUGAUUUUACACAUUUCAUGUCCUAUAUUGUAAAGCCUCUUAUAUAAAAAAAAUAUAAAUAAUGUAUUGUGAACCAACCGAUGAACACGUUAUACCAUCCGUUUAAGUUCAAUCU